GGACCACACUCUUUGGAGAGGUCUGGGCGACGCCAAGACUGCUCUUACCAGCACCCUGCUGUGCAGGAGCUGCCCUGCUGCCAGGAGGCAAAGGGAAGCUGUGGGAGAGCGUUGGAGAUACCACUUGGAGAAGUGUUGAGAGGGAGGAGAGGAGCAGAGGAAUUUUGUAGCAGGGCAGGCAACUUUUCUGCACUGCUGUGCAGGAUCUGCCCUGCUGCCAGGAGACUUUAGAAGAACAUUGUAGACACCACUUGGGAAGAAGUCCGGAGGAGGAGGAGGAGAGGGCCAAAGGGGUUUUGUAGCAGGACAAGCACCUCUUCCUCAGCUGCUGCACUGCAGGGGGGCAAAGAUGAUGAAGUACAUGCGCUAUAAGCCUGUGGGGCCGGGGGACCUCCCAACUCUCAGGGAGCUCAGCAACAGUGAAAUCUGGAAAAUCUGGUCUGGAGCAUCUCGCUACAUCCACAGACAGCUCUUGCAGAAGAAGGCAGUGGAAAUUGGAGUUGGGACAUUUGCAAUUGUCCCAGUGCAUGCCAGUGUGGAAGAGGGCAAGGUUUUGACUGUUGAGAGACCUGUGUUCAUUGUAAGCAAGCCCCUGAAGGCGUUCUACAACCUUGAGUGUGAGGAAACCACAAUUCCUGAUGAGACACCUGUUGUUCAGCUGGACUUCGGGGAGAUUGCUGCAGACACUCACUUCCGCAGAGAAAUUGUGGAGCUGUGUGUACAUGAGACCCUGCUUUGCUUUGCUGGGGCCCUCCGAGACAACAAAGAGGUGGAAUUCUCCUUCAAGGGCAUUGGUAUCCUUGCUGUGCGAGGAAAAGUGGUCAGCAUGACCUUCUUUGAUCGCUGCCUGCUGAAGCUGGAUAUGACAGGAAACAUGCUGAAAGCUCUUCUCGAGGACUCCAACAUGAUGAGGAUCGUGGCCUUUCCAGGCCAAAAUGAUUUUAAUCGGGUCAGUCGAGAUGAGGUCAUCACACUACCAAGUCUUGUAGUGGAGACCCCACACCAGCCACAGGCCCCUCUGAUUUCCCUGAAGCCCAGCAGAGAGUCGGCGCCCUGGGGCGGGGGUUCCCGCAGAGUCAGCGUGCUGGAUCCGGUGUUCCUGGCUCGGCGGAGGGUUUCCCAGGCCAGCCAGCAGUCGAUGGAAUCUGAUCAGCCUAAAGAAAAGGAGGCUGGCCGAGGAGGAUUCCUGCAUGUAACCCAGGAGAAGACCGAUAAGACGCUAAUGCACCCCACACCUCAAUCUCAGUCAUGGUCAAAGCUCCCCGAAUGUGCUGCGCGCCCCUCAGCAAUGGAAAUGCACUCCCUCUACACUGAGAGGGAAGAAAGAGAGCUCCAGCUGCUGAUGGCAUCCAGGCGCCAUGAGGUGGAAGGCGAAGUGUGGCGCAAAUACUUUGGCAACCGAACGAGACAGGGCACAGAGCUAGGAAAGACCUCCUGCCCCUACGUGUUUGAGGAUCCCUAUCGCCCUCCCUACCUCCUGAGGAAGGCCUAUGCCGAGAAACUGAAGGAGAAGGGGCGAAGCACAUUAGAGCAGCAGGAAGAGCUGCAGCUCCCGAGGAAAGUACUGAAAGACAAGGGGGUGCAGACAGGUCUGUUGAAGCACCGUGGGGACGGCCCAGGGACUGCCAGCCCUGCCAAGAAGAU